CGGCGGGCACGGAACGGCAGCGGGAGCGGCAGCGGGAUCAUGGAGCGGGCACCGGGAGUCUUCGGGGGACCCAAGGUUGAGCUUCACGUCCACCUGGAUGGAGCCAUUAGACCAGAGACAAUCUUGUACUUUGGCAGAAAAAGAGGGAUCCCUCUCCCCGGCGACACUGUUGAGGAGCUCCUGAAGUACGUCAGCUAUGACACACCGCUGACACUUCCCCAAUUUCUAGAGAAAUUUAAUUACUACAUGCCUGCUAUUGCGGGUGACCGUGAGGCAGUGAGGAGAAUCGCCUACGAGUUCGUGGAGACAAAGGCAAAGGAAGGAAUCACCUACGUGGAGGUCCGGUACAGCCCUCACCUCCUGGCCAACUCUGGCGUGGAUCCCAUCCCCUGGGGACAAGCUGAUGUGCUGAGCUAUCUGUGUCCACAGCUGGGGUUCAGAUCUGCGUGCUUGAUUCUGCUUUUCAUGCUUAACUCCCCCAAACAGGUCUGCCCGUGGUCCAGUUAUCUCACUGGAGCAUGUUCUCCGGACUUCACCAAACACCCCGUAAUACAAUUUAAGAAGGAUCGUGCCAACUAUUCUCUAAACACAGAUGACCCCCUCAUCUUUAACUCCACCAUUGACAAGGAUUAUGGCAUAGUCAAGGAACACAUGGGCUUCACCGAAGAGGAGUUCAAGAGAGUUAACAUCAAUGCAGCCCAGUCCAGCUUCUUACCUGAGAAGGAAAAGCAGGAGCUGCUCAACAAGCUGCAUGAAGCCUAUGGGAUGGUCCCCAACACAUCGUGACCCGUCCCUGUGAGCCAGCAUGGAGCAGGGCCCUUCUUCCUGUGCUGACUCCUCUGUGCCCGUGGGAGCUGGGGAGGAGGUGCCCAGGGUCGGUCUCUAUUCCUGGCAGCCCUGUGUUAACCCUUACAAUGCUCAUCAAAAUCAGACUAUCACAUUCACCCACCUCUACCCCACAAACUCUCUCCCAGAUGGAUAUCCAGCUUCCUAUCCUGCUGCUGUGCAAGCAGACUGGAUCUGCCUGCUGGCCUGACUCCCUUCUCCAUCUGUCAGUGUUUCUGUACUGCAAAUGCAAACAGAAGAACCUCCCCUGCUUUCCCCCCCCCCUCUUUCCCUGUUUUUCCUGUCCUGUCCCACUGACCUGCCUGGCCCUUGUCUGCAGUGCUGAAAUAACCACCUUUAACUCUGACUGUGGCCUGGGUUAAUCUUCACCCUUGCAGGGAAGAGGUGUGUUAGUGCUGGCAGGGAGUGAGCAGGUGUUUCAGACACAGAGGCUUUAUUCCUGUCCCUGUGGGUAGGAGGGUUUGGUCACAGCUCUAUUUACACAGGGUUAGUCUUGUACUAACAAGACUGGAACAAGAACAAGCUGGAGGCUGGUGCCCCUACCUAUACACAGGUCUGAAGGGCAUUUAAAACAAAAUACUUUUUUUUUUGCAUCCUUUCUUGGACAGGAGCUGUGUUAGGCCACACCAGUGCUCAUAGCUGGCCAUGACCAUGCUCGCACAUGCAUAGGAAGUUGGAACGUAAUUUUACCACUUUGGGCCAAAAUCUGCCUUCUGGGACUUUUCCCAGUUUUGUACUCAUCCUGGAGAAUUCCUGUGAACUGCAGUUUGAUCUUCCUCUAUCUUUGUUUAGGGCUUGGAGAAGCCAUGGUCGAUUGGCUGGUUUAACAGUUCUGCCCUCUUCCUGAUUUGACAUAAUCAUUAGGCACUGCUAAGGCUGAAAAAGUAAAUUAACUAGGGCCCAGUGUUGACUUGGAUCCCACCUGAUUGCUUCUCUCACUCAGCUACAACACUAGCUCCAAGUCAGAUCUUCGGUUUGGUGGAGAAUUUAUACAGAAAAAUUCACUGAAUAUUCCUAAGUGAUUUUGGUGCAUAAUAGUGUUUUUACUCAAUAAGCAAUACAGCUGUGCAUCCAGAGAAGAGACCAUCAUUUUCUGACGUGAGUGUGUGGUGUGCUUUAGCAUCCCAGGUGUCUGCCAAGAUGCUUACUCCAAAGAUACUGUACCAAAAAGUUGCCUUUGACAAGGGGCCGUGGUCACCAUUACCAUGGACAGACCACGGACCGGUCCAGCCUCAUCCAGCAGGAACAGUGUGCUGGGAGUAUUUCCAUUCUUUCUGGGCUUCCAUAUUGGUCUUCUGAGUAAAAUACUCAUCUCUGAAGUAUGUGGUGCAUAUAUACACAUAGAUAGAUGAAUAAGAGAGAGUGAUUUUCUUACUUUUAUAAAGCAAAAAAUAAAGCAUCCCUUUUAGGAACAUGAUUGCGGUAAGAAACAGGCCUUUUUUGGGUAAUUUCUCUCCAAAAAUUCUUUAUGAAGAAGAGUUUCUUGUUUGGAUUCUGGACAGUUGAUUGUUAAUCCUCUUUAAUAAAAUAACAGAUUUAUAUUAAAGGUAAA